GUGAUACUUAUCCUGACCAAGCUAUAUGACUUCAAUCUGGGGAGCGUGACUGAGAGCUCACUGUGGAGAUCAACGGAUUAUGGCACCACCUACGAGAAGCUGAAUGACAAAGUAGGUUUGAAGACUGUCCUCAGUUACCUCUACGUCAAUCCCACCAACAAAAGGAAGAUCAUGCUUCUUAGUGAUCCUGAAAUGGAGAGCAGCAUAUUAAUCAGCUCAGAUGAGGGGGCCACGUAUCAGAAAUACCGGCUCACUUUCUACAUCCAGAGCCUGCUCUUCCACCCCAAGCAGGAAGACUGGGUGCUGGCGUACAGUCUGGAUCAAAAGCUCUACAGCUCCAUGGACUUUGGAAGACGGUGGCAACUCAUGCAUGAACGCAUCACACCCAACAGGUUUUACUGGUCGGUGGCUGGAUUGGAUAAGGAAGCAGACCUGGUACACAUGGAGGUGCGGACCGCCGAUGGAUAUGCUCACUACCUCACCUGCAGGAUCCAGGAAUGUGCCGAGACCACUCGCAGUGGGCCUUUUGCCCGCUCCAUUGACAUCAGUUCCCUGGUUGUUCAGGAUGAAUAUAUCUUCAUUCAGGUGACAACUGGUGGAAGAGCCAGCUACUAUGUGUCCUAUCGGAGAGAGGCCUUCACCCAGAUAAAGCUGCCCAAGUACUCCCUGCCCAAGGACAUGCACAUCAUCAGUACCGAUGAGAACCAAGUGUUUGCAGCCGUGCAAGAAUGGAACCAGAACGACACGUACAACCUCUACAUCUCAGACACGCGUGGCAUCUACUUCACCCUGGCCAUGGAGAACAUUAAGAGUAGCCGAGGUCUAAUGGGAAACAUUAUUAUUGAAUUGUAUGAGGUAGCAGGUAUCAAAGGGAUAUUCUUGGCAAACAAGAAGGUGGAUGACCAGGUGAAGACGUAUAUCACUUACAACAAGGGCAGAGACUGGCGCCUACUUCAAGCCCCAGAUGUGGACCUGCAUGGAAGUCCAGUACACUGCUUGCUGCCCUUCUGCUCCUUACAUCUGCACUUGCAGAUCUCUGAAAAUCCAUAUUCCUCAGGAAGAAUUUCUAGCAAGGAGACAGCCCCGGGACUCGUGGUGGCUACAGGCAACAUUGGCCCGGAGCUCUCAUAUACUGAUAUUGGUGUGUUCAUCUCUUCUGAUGGGGGCAACACAUGGAGACAGAUCUUUGAUGAAGAGUACAAUGUCUGGUUCCUAGACUGGGGUGGCGCCCUCGUGGCCAUGAAACACACACCUCUACCAGUCAGACAUUUGUGGGUGAGUUUUGAUGAGGGCCAUUCCUGGGACAAGUAUGGCUUCACUUCGGUUCCUCUCUUUGUUGACGGGGCUCUGGUGGAGGCAGGAGUGGAGACCCAAAUCAUGACAGUUUUUGGCCACUUCAGCCUCCGUUCUGAAUGGCAGUUGGUGAAAGUGGACUACAAAUCUAUCUUCAGCUGGCGCUGCACCAAGGAGGACUAUCAGACCUGGCACCUGCUCAAUCAGGGGGAGCCCUGCGUCAUGGGAGAAAGGAAAAUAUUCAAGAAACGCAAGCCAGGAGCUCAGUGUGCCCUGGGCCGAGACUCUUCAGGGACAGUGGUCUCAGAACCCUGUGCCUGUGCCGACUGGGACUUUGAAUGUGACUAUGGCUAUGAGAGACAUGGAGAGAGCCAGUGUGUCCCAGCUUUCUGGUACAACCCAGCAUCCCCAUCAAAGGACUGCAGCCUUGGGCAAAGUUACCUUAACAGUACUGGGUACCGGCGGAUUGUGUCCAACAACUGCACGGAUGGGCUGAGGGAGAAGUACACGGCCAAGGCCCAGGUGUGUCCUGGAAAAGCCCCUCGAGGCCUCCAUGUGGUGACAACCGACGGACGCCUGGUGGCAGAGCAGGGGCAUAAUGCGACUUUCAUCAUCCUCAUGGAGGAGGGUGAUCUCCAAAGGACAAACAUCCAGGUUGACUUUGGGGAUGGAAUUGCGGUGUCCUAUGCUAACUUCAGCCCCAUUGAGGAUGGCAUCAAGCACGUGUACAAGAGUGCGGGGAUCUUCCAGGUGACGGCCUAUGCGGAGAACAACCUGGGCUCGGACACAGCUGUCCUCUUCCUGCAUGUGGUUUGUCCCGUGGAGCAUGUUCAUCUCCAAGUGCCAUUUGUCGCCAUAAGAAAUAAGGAGGUCAACAUCAGUGCAGUUGUGUGGCCCAGUCAGCUGGGGACCCUUACCUAUUUCUGGUGGUUUGGCAAUAGCACGAAGCCCUUCAUCACCUUGGACAGCAGCAUUUCCUUCACGUUCCUGGCCGAAGGCACUAACACCAUCACUGUCCAGGUGGCUGCAGGGAAUGCCCUUAUCCAGGACACAAAAGACAUUGCUGUGCAUGAAUAUUUCCAGUCCCAACUCUUGUCAUUCUCUCCAAACCUGGAUUACCACAACCCUGACAUUCCUGAGUGGAGGCAAGAUAUUGGCAAUGUCAUCAAGAGAGCUUUGGUUAAAGUAACUGGCGUCCCGGAAGACCAGAUCCUGGUGGCCGUGUUCCCUGGCCUUCCCACUUCAGCAGAGCUCUUCAUCCUUCCGCCCAAGAACUUGACGGAGAGGAGGAAAGGCAAUGAAGAGGACCUGGAACAAAUUGUAGAGAUGCUGUUUAAUGCUCUGAACCAAAACUUGGUGCAGUUUGAGCUGAAGCCAGGGGUUCAAGUUACUGUGUUUGUCACACAGCUGACAUUAGCUCCGCUGGUGGACUCCAGUGCUGGGCACAGCAGCUCGGCCAUGCUUAUGCUCUUGUCAGUGGUGUUUGUCGGCCUGGCUGUGUUUCUAAUCUACAAGUUUAAAAGGAAAAUCCCCUGGAUUAACAUCUAUGCUCAAGUCCAACACGACAAGGAGCAGGAGAUGAUUGGGUCAGUGAGCCAAAGUGAAAACGCCCCCAAAAUCACACUCAGUGACUUCACCGAGCCCGAGGAACUGCUGGACAAAGAGCUGGAUACCCGGGUCAUAGGAGGCAUUGCCGCCAUUGCAAACAGCGAAAGCACAAAGGAGAUCCCCAACUGCACUAGCGUUUAACACCAACCAGCCAUGUGGUCAGCCAUCUUUCUGACUUUAUUUUUGAUGAUUACUAUGACUAUUAUUAUGGAAAAAAUUAAAAUGUCUUUUUUACCUUUUGUUUACCAAGGGCCCCUUCAUAAAUAGCAGGCAGAUGCUUAGCUUUGGGAGGCAAAAGGCAUUCUUAGCUGAUUAAAAUGAGACAAAAAGAAUAAAUGGCUGUAUUUGUGCUAAGGGCAAAGGAGGCAUCUUCCGCUGGCCUUCUUGCUUUCUUCUGCCACUGACCAUGUGAGGACUCUCUUUUUCCUUGUGGUCUCUUCUUCUUUUUUUUUUUUCUUUUUUUAAGUUGGGUUAGCUUCUCAUUAACCUCCCAUGCCCCCCCUCCUGGCCCCCCAACAUCACCCACACCCUCCCCCCAGCACACACACUCUAAGACACAGACCGUUUCCCAGUUAGAUUUGCAGGAGAUGGGUUGGUGGGGAGUGAAAGUAGGUGCAGAAAGCGUGCACACCUUUACGAGAAAGAGGCCCUCGCCUCAUGCAUGUCAAUAGCGAGGCUACAGAUGGCUUACUGUAUAUAAUUACAAUGUAAAUAGCUUUUUAUUUCCUAAGAAAUAAUUUAAUGUUUAGUAAAAAAGAAAACAGAAAAAAAGAAAGAUGCGUGUGUUGGCUUAUGCACUCACCCUCAGAGCUGACCAACCCCCAGGCCUGCUAGAUGUGUUGGGUUCUGGACGCUCUCCAGUUGUCUGUCACACUUAACUCUUGCAUCUCUGUGUCCCAUGCCAUAGCUGGUUUCUACUUAUGUAUAUAAAGGGGCGCGGGGUGGGCUUCUUUGGGCCGAGUCGUUAAGGAAGGAGUAGACUGACAUCCUAGAACAUGGGGGCCUUUCUGUGCCAUCGGUGACCUGGAAGAAGUUGCAAGACGAAGCCCACCAGAGACUUCAAACUGAGACGCAGGUGGGGCAACAGGGCUUCCCCUCCAAAAGGAAAGCAUGGAGGGUGUUUAUCAGGCUGAGAAGAUGGGUUUUCUCUAAAGAAGCUCGGCCGCGGAUCAGAAAGGGACCGUUUUUCUGCUUUCUGGCUGGAUUCCUUCCUC